GACAGGAGCGAGGGGAGGGGGCGACAGCCUGUUUCGGCUCUCUCGACCCUUUGCGGAUCGAGCCGAGCCCCCUCCUGAUUCCACCCAGAACCCCCACCCAUUUGUCUCCCGCUUUGGAUGGGGGGAAAGCAGAGCACGGCGGGGCGGCCCCGGGGUGCUUUUCCCGGUGUCUCUACGGAUGACAGCGCGGUGCCACCCUCGGCCCACUUCGGCCACUACCGGCCGAGCGGCACCAUGGGCCUGCGGAGCCGCUCAGUGAGCUCCGUAGCCGGGAUGGGCAUCGAUCACAGUCCCGCCGUGCCCUUCGGCUUCUACACCCCCAGAGGGACGGACCCGGAUCGAGCUGGAGGGGGGUCAGGGGGCACUACAGCCGCCCCCCACGGUACCGGUUACCAGGACACUGGGGGCGGAGGGCACCACACGGACGGGGUGCUGUAUCUGGGGUCCCGGGGGUCGCUGGCUGACACCUUACCCCUGCACAUCGCACCCCGCUGGUUCAGCGCGCACAGCGGAUUCAAGUGUCCUGUCUGCUCCAAGUCUGUGGCGUCCAAUGAGAUGGAAGUUCACUUCAUCAUGUGUCUAAGCAAGCCUCGCCUCUCCUAUAAUGAUGAUGUGUUGGCGAGGGAUGCUGGUGAGUGUGUGAUCUGUCUAGAGGAACUGCAGCAAGGGGACACCAUAGCCAGACUGCCGUGCCUCUGCAUCUACCACAAAAGCUGUAUAGACUCAUGGUUUGAGAUCAAUCGGUCCUGCCCUGAACACCCAUCUGACUGACUUACCACCAGGCCCACUAUGAAUACUGUUCAAGAACAUCUCGUGGUCCUGCCAUGGAUAUCUGGACACAGACGCAACCAAAUCCGAUGAAACAAUCAAAGCGAUCAACACAUACUUAUCCUGACAGAAUCCAUCAUCCUAACCAAGAUAAUUAUUCCUUGUGAACUGAACCAAAAAAAACGUGACCGUCAAACCAUUGUACAUUAAAGGGCCCCUCCCGAGCCCACCAUUUUACAUCUGCUGAGAAGACUGCUUUAAAAAUCCACAUUCCUUCCUCCCCCCCCUCACAUAUCCUGGCAAACAGAAUCCCUGAAAGGGCUUCAUCAGGCCUCAACUCCCCUUCCAAAUCAGCCGUGGCCAGUUGCCUCUCUGAGGUGCUCAGGUCCUUACAGGUCUCCAGCAGCUGGCCUUCCAUCUUGUAUCUGGAUCCAAACCUGUCGGUCAUUUGUGUCCAACCCUCCCAUGGCCUUAACUGGGGAGAGGAGAGGGAACAGAGCAGGGAGGGGGCAGGAGGGAAGAGGAUGGAAGAAGAAGAAGAAGAAGAAAAAGAAGACGAAGAUUGGAAGAGAGGACAAAUGGAGGAUUGUUGAGUUGCAGAAGCUUGCUAUGAGAAACAGUCUUGUACAAUAUUCAGUGGGCCUCUCAUUUCACAACAGGACUCCGACUCAGUGACAUCCUCACAUAAAAGACUCGGUCCCGGUGUGCUUCUCUCUCAUAGUUCCUGCCUCAGUUCUGUGUCCUUCCUCGCCAAUUUGACUCAUAAGAAUUACAUCAAAACCUUAGAUCGGGUUUAUGCACACCUGGGCAGGCAGGGAGGGUUUAGCAUAAAAAAAAAAAACCUGGGAUGUCAGCUUGUCUUGUAUGUACAAAAUAGAGGGGGGAACCUGAAGACGGACUGGGGAUGGAGGAGUAGUCUGAGCACACUCAGUUCUGAUUGGGAGGGACGAAGAGGCCAGCAAUGUUGUUUACGCUCCUACUGUGUAACAUGUACGUUAGGGAUGCUCCAGUGUCAGGCUUCAUCCUGUAUGUGUAUGUACACCAUGUGUGUGUGUGUCUGUGUGUGUGUGUGUGAGUGUGUGUGUGUGUGUGUGUGUGAGUGUGUGUGUGUGUUCAAGAGACCUCGGAACGGUGACAAAAUAGCUUUUGCUGAAGCAUAGUGACUGUGUGUGUGUGUGUGUGUGUGUGUGCGCG